UCUAAUUCAAGGCCCAAUCAUAUUUCUUUUGCAGAGCUUCACAUCAAGAAUUCAAGUCUCAACAUGCUUCAUCAAAUCAACGAAAUUACUACUUUGUCCCUGUCCUUGUAGUACCGGAAACAAGCUGGUGUCCCUGCACCGAACUCGCGCAAUCGUAAAAUCCAAAAGCCGGCCGGAAAACAGCCGGAGUUGAUCGUCGGCCGCCAUAAACAAUUCUAAAUGACAACUAGGCACUUUGUUCAACUCUGCAUCUAUUUGUUAGCUGGAUAUUCAUUUAUAUGGUCACCUGGAAACUGUUCGGUUGGUGAUUCAGUAUCAGGUCAGGUGACUGGCUCCCCAAAUACUAUGUCUAAUAGUAGAAAUGCUAAAUCUUUUUCUCCCGUGAAGCAAUUUCUGAUGCAGUCUUAUUAUGACAGAUAUACGAGCUUACAUGAUUCAGACUUUGAAAAUUUCAUGUCUCAUGAAAUCACUUCUGGUCUGUGUGAAGUGCUUCCAGAAAACCAUAGUUCCAUAUUAAAAUUGUCAGUUCUAAAACGCAAUCUUGUUGGUGAAGGUUCUCACCGUCGCGUGUCUACAUUAAUCAAAUUACAAACCCAACAGUUGAACUCUUUGUCUGAUCUUGUAAGCUAUUCAUGUAAAUUAAUAAUUAUUGAAAGGCUGCCUUCUGGAGUUUUUGCUGAUCCAUUUGAAUUGCAACAUCUUGCUCAACGUGGUGUGUUCAAUGAUAUAGCCGUCUUUGGUGAUACAAAUCUGGAGCUGCCUUCGUUCUUGUCCAAUCGAUCUGCCGUUGAAAUCCACUUAGAUAUUGAUCCAAAUACAUUGCUACAGCCAGCUAAUAUCAGCAUAGAGUUUCCUUUGCACGCACGAUAUCAACCUCUGAAUGAAAGUGGCUACUCAAUAGUCGAAUUUGGUGCACCGGAUACAAUACUGCGCUGCAGCACAAAGGAAACGUUGGAAAAUAGCAAUUGUUUGGUCAAAUUGAAAAAUGAUAAUGCCAAUCUGUAUGAUGCUGGUCUUGUUUGGAGAAUACCAUCUGGAAAAAAGGCGCACUCUGAUCUUGUAUCUAUCGUUACAUUUCUUACAGCCUUCUUAUCAACUCUUGUAAUUAUGGUAACAUCAUUGCAUCAUUUUAAUAGCAGAGUGAGUAAAGAUUUGAAACAGUCGUGACUCGUGAAGGUUUUUUUAUUAAUGCAUCUUUUAUUAAGUGAUGCUAUACAUUCAUUAUUUGUUGUACUUAUGUAAGGAUAUUUUAUCAUCAGUCAAGAAAAUAAUUUGCUUGAA